AACAGUAACUGUUAUUUGUUGGGCCGAUUCUUAAUAAUAACUAGUGUCUUAUGCAUGCGUAGGUCAUUAAGAUAAGGUGGCCAUGCGUAUAUGCUCAGUCUCUUGAUUACACAUGUACUGUAUAUAUUUAAUGGAAAUUUUAAUUAUACAAGUUUGUUGUUGAUUGCUUACAUUAUAGCGCUCAAUUAACAUUUGGAUUGUGAUGUAGCCUAGCGUUUAUUAUGAUUAUUGUGUAUACUUGAUUGUCAAUGAUCAUAACUUGUUUUCUGUAUUAACAGUGACAACAUUACAUCUGUGUAAUGGUACAAACAUACAAAUACUCUAUUCCCAAGAUUCCUUAAACAAUGAAAACUAUUUGGAACAUGAUAGACUGUUAGCUACCUACGAAUUGCACACAUUCAGAAUGGUUUGCCCAACACAUCAAAGAUUUCUUGUAGAAUUUACUGUAUAUAUACUAGAGCAUAGAUAUAUAUAUAUAAUAUUUUACUCAUAAAUUGUAAACUAACAAACAUGAAUUUCAGGAUAGUUAGUGUGUUAUUAAUACUCACAGCUACUAGUUUCGUAGCUAUGGCUUAUCAGCAACAUGUCAGGUUUCAGAAUCGUAAAGCACUUCAUCACUGCAAAGGGAUAAUAACAGCUGUCAAGAAGAAUACUUGUAAAGAUAAUAGCGAUUGUUCACCUUGGGCCGAAUGUAAUAACACGAAAUGUGUCUGCAAAGAAAAUCUACAGAAUCUCGUAUCUGUCCAUUGCAGUGAAGAGUUACAGCUGUCUGUUAUUAGAUGCCACUGCGUGACGUUUGACAAUAUGACUAAUGAGUUAGUUGAAGGAAAAUGCAUUGAGAAUUGUGACAGUGGCUACGAUAAAAGUGAUUACCUCCCAUUGCCAAAAGAUGUAUCCCAACUAAACCACUUCAUGUGUGAGAAGAGUUGGAACAGAACAGGAAGACUGUGUGGGAGGUGUCUACCUGGACACUCUCCACUGGCUUACUCUUACGACAUGAGGUGUGUGAAAUGCCCUGAGGGGAACAGAAAUAUCUGGAAAUACGUUCUCAUAGCAUUUGGUCCGCUAACAAUAUUUUACGUUUUGUUCUUAUUGCUAAAGAUCAAGGCAACCUCUUCUUACAUCCAUGGCUUUGUAUUUUAUAGUCAACUAAUUACAGCACCUGCUUUUGUUCGAAUUGUCACCACAUACAGCCAUAGUCUUACUGCAGAUAUAAGAGUAUGUGUUUUAAUGAUUCUAGACAUAUAUGCCAUUUGGAACCUUGAUUUCUUCAGAGGUCUCUACCCUGACAUUUGUCUUGAUGUGUCCACAAUCACAGUCUUAGCUCUGGACUAUGCAGUGGCUAUCUAUCCACUACUGUUGACUGUUGUCUCGUAUAUCCUGAUCGAGCUACAUGCUAGAAACUUUCGACUAGUAGUCAUUUUAUGGGUGCCUUUUCACUACUUCUUUUCACGUUUCCGCACAAACUGGGAAAGCAGAACUACUAUAAUAGAUGCAUUUGCAACUUUCUUUCUUCUUUCAUUUGUCAAAAUGUCCACCACCUCAGUGGACCUUCUUACACCAGUGAAAGUAGCUAACCUUCUAAACGAGAAAGUAAAUGUGACAUGGGUGUUGUAUUAUGAUGCAACAAUUGAAUACUUUGGAAAAGAGCAUCUACCAUAUGCCAUCUUGUCAUUGUCAUGUUCCACACUGUUUGCGAUUCUCCCGAUGUUGUUGUUAUUGAUUUAUCAAUUUCGCUGGUUUCAGAGAUUGCUGAGCUGUCUGAAGCUUCGUCAUCAAUUGCUACAGGAGGUCAUGGAAUCAUUCCAGAGCUGCUACAAGAAUGGAAUCGAACCAGGAACGAAAGACCUUCGAUGGUUUGCAGCUGUGUUUUACAUUGCGCGCUACAUAAAUAUUAUGUUGUACUCAUCGAUGCUCGACUCUAGCUAUUUCACAUUUGCAAUUGUUCUCAUUUUCCUUUUUAUGGCAAUUAUGGCACUUAUUCAACCGUACAAGGAUCCUAACCAUACCAAAAUAGACAUUUUUUCUUUGGGAGUAGUCGGCGUGUUUAUAAGCAUAAACCAAGGAACCAAUUUCGAGUCUUUACGACCAAAGACGAUUUUUCAUGCCUCGCGAAUACUACGUGUUAUUGUAGCACUUUUUCCUCUGGUGGGUAUGACAUGCCUCAUCACUUACUUGAUGCUGUCUCGACUUAGAAAAGCAAAAAUGUGUAUCACUCGAAUCAGAGCCUGGAGGCAGGGCUAUGCGAACAUAGAACAAGACUUUGAGGCUUCUUUACCUGAUAGACUGGUGAAUCCACAGCGAUACGAAGAAAGGAAUCGACGUUUAGAACCGAUUUGAAAUGUUGGGAAUAUGCUACAAGCUUGUUGUUGGAUGCUUACAUUAUAUAGUGCUCACUUAGAUGACAUUGUGUAACACUGUGAUUGACAUUUAACAAUGUAGAUUUGCUUUGCACUUACAUUUGAUAUUCUUUCAUUGUGUCCACGAGGGGCAGUCCACAUUAUUGUAAUACAUCAUAUCUAGACUGAUAUAGCUAACAUAUAAUUCAUUCAUGUAUGGUUGUAAAAAUUAUUUUAACGGGGUAUAAUUUUCAUUAAGUGGGUACAAACACUUUUUAUUAACCCGAGGCGCACAGGCAGCCAUGGAUUAUAGUAGUCAUUCGGUCGGUUUGUUUGUCUGUUUGUAGUAUUUGAGUCUACUCACCUGGAUAGCAUAGCACUGCGUUUACAGCAUGGAUAGCCUCCACACAAAAUAGUUUAUAGUGGCAAAUUUUGAUGUUAAAAGCUUCGUUAUCGAAUAAAAUUGAAUUUGCACGUUGGCAGCUAACUACACACAUCCGUAACGUAUUUACAGCUGAAGUGAUCCCGUACCAGGAACAAUGGAAAAGGUUCACUUAGUAGAAAAGCUAGAAGUAUAGUUAUUUCUCUGCCUAGCCCCAGAACACACCAAGAGGCUCCUUUGCUAGUCUACCACAGUACAUAAGACUACUAAAAGACUACUAAAACUCACUUCUUUAGUUUUAGCAUGCCUCGAGUUUACUUUAAUUUUAUUGCUCCUGUUACUUGCUGCUUAGCCAGCUUCCAUGCUCCUGGUUUCUAUAGAUUCAAAAGCCGGGGGGGGUAGCACUUCAGUGCUCUAGUGUAUAUAGAAAGUAUACUUUUAAAUUUGGGAUUAUACUUUGUAUUUGAGGUAUAUAUACUUACACUUUUUCUUGUAUUGAAGUCACCCUCGAAUGCUGUUUUUCUAGAUGACCUCUGACCUUUGAAGUCCAAAUAAUUAUACAGAAGAUGUCCAUUCAUUGAGGGCACUUGUUGCUUAUGUAUAUGAUUAUUAUGACAAAUGGCACGAGAUAUAUAUUAUAACAUAACAGUCAUGUAUACGUUCAUAAUAAUUGAAAAGCAUGCAGCGGUGUCUACAACAGACAGUUCAAGUAAUACAGUGUUACCUUGUCACAUUCACAGUCUACACUAAGGCUCCCGGAAGUGUGUAUUAUACGUUUCACUUAUAUUUCUAUGACACGAAACCACGAGCACAUGAUUUGAGGCCAAAUUUGGGUCUUUCAGAGUUUCUUUGCACUCACAUUGUUCUGUCCACAGGGGCAAUCCAUGUCAUUGUUGCACAACCUCUGUUACUUACCCAACCAGAAAUUACUCUUGUUCCCUGCUGUUUUCUGAUUGUCUUUUUGCUCGAUUUUAUGUUCCAUGCACUGAUUCAGACUGAUAGCUAAACACAGCGCUAAUGGGAUUUGUUAGUAUUCUUCCAAUUUUGUAUUUCUUGUAUUUUUUAACUGUCUAUGUCCUCGAAAUUUAUUACAUGUGCAUGCAUGUAUAGUACGGUACCGUAUAUCUUCUAAUUUAUCGGACACUCUUUUGGGCAAUUUUCGUUGUUCUAAUACAACGGACACUCCAGUACUUUAAUAUUACAUUUGUUCUAAAUAUCCGGACAAUACCUUGAAAAGUUGAGUUACCAUUCAUAGACGGCAAGUAAGACUUGGAGUGCUGCAGUUAGAUAGCUUUGAGUAGCUAGUUUUAGAUAGCUAGUGCAACUAUUGAGUCGUACCUUGUUCUAUUAAACUUAGCUAGCUCGCAUGCAGCUGCUUGAUUAUUCCGGACACUUCGCAUGCUGUAUAAAAAUCUGUUCCAAUUAUACCCGGACAAUUUCCAAAAUAAUUAUUUUUUGCUGUUUGAUAAAUUAGAAGAUAUACGGUACCUAUAUACUCUGUUCCAUGUACAAUAUCCUGCUAUUAGGGCUAUAUCUUUAUUAGCUGUUCCAUAAUAGUACAUGCACAUGCAUGCAUAGUCAUUUGUUCUCAUGUUUACACUCUCUGCAUAUCGUGGUUCAUGUCACAUAUAAAACUUGAAAUGUAAUUACGGUGCAUGCAUAAUGUCAAACUUUACUAACUAGAGCACUGAAGUGCUAACCCUCGGUUAGUGACAUGAUUAUAAAGAGGCAUGCUGAGAAUAGAGUUUUAGUGGUAGGCCUACAUGAGACAUGUGGACUAGGAUCACAACAAAGAAUCUUGAAGUCUUGGAGAAGUAUGAUUCCUUGGAGGAUCCGGACUGAGAGUCAGCUCCCCAAACAAACAAACCAGUCACAAUUCCAGCUUUCUACUUUAGUGACCCUUUUCCAUUGUUUCUGGUACGGGAUCACUUCAGCUGCAAAUACGUAGUCUAUCUCGAAUAAAGACCGCAUGUAGUUAGCUAGCUGCCAAGCUUCUUAGCUUUUGCUCGUUUUUAUUCGACAACGAGGCUUUAACAUCAAAAUCUACCACUAAUAACUUCUUGUCUGAAGGCUAUCCAUGCUGUAAACGCAGUGCUGUGGCAUCCAUGCAGGUAAGCAGACUCACUCAUUACAGACAAACAAACAAACCAGACGACUACUAUAUUCCCGUGGCUGCCCAUGCGCCUCGGGUAACGAGGAAUCUUUUCGGCACACUAAACAUGUAAUCAUGCAUGUGUGUAUGCUUGUGUUGGAGAUGAUGCACGGGUAUAAUUGUGAUUGUACAUGCAAUGCAUACAAUAUGUACAAGAUUAUAUACAUAUAAUAUGUAAUAUAAUACUAAGUUAUGCCGAGGAGUGUAUUUCAGUGUACAAAAGGACACAUAGCAAAUUGAAUUAUAGUGAUGGCUAGCUAUAUAUAGAGCCCUUCUCUCUACAUGCUGACAUUUGAUCCGCCAAAGAACUGUAUACUGAACCAUAGCUGCCUAUGUACUUGUAAGUUUCAAAAUGUUUGGAUUCAGAGUUCGAAUGUUAAUAGGUGUUUCUGUUCUAUUCGCUGUGAUUGCUAGCUUUUCAGCUGAGGUAAUGCAAGAAUACAGUACUUCAAUAGCAACAAAAGAAGGUAAAAACUGUCAAGUGGAUAUUGAUUGUCCAUUCUGGACCAAAUGUAACAACACGAAAUGUGCCUGCAAAGAAAAUCUACAGAAUCUCGUAUCUGUCCACUGCAGUGAAGAACUACAGCUGUCUGUUAUUAGAUGCCACUGCGUGACGUUUGACAAUAUAACUAAUAAAUUAGUUGAAGGGAAAUGCAUGGAGAAUUGUGACAGUGGCUACGACAAAAGUGACUACCUUCCAUUGCCAACAGAUGUUUCCCAAUUGAACCAGUUCAUGUGUGAGGAGAAGUGGAACAGAACAGGAAGACUGUGUGGUAGGUGUCUACCUGGACACUCUCCACUGGCUUACUCUUAUGACAUGAGGUGUGUGAAAUGCCCUGAGGGGAACAGAAAUAUCUGGAAAUACGUUCUCAUGGCAUUUGGUCCACUAACAAUAUUUUACGUUUUCGUGUUACUGCUAAAGAUCAAUGCAACCUCUUCUUAUAUCCAUGGAUUUUUAUUUUACAGUCAGCUAAUUACAGCACCUGCUUUUGCUCGAGUUGUCACCACAUACAGCCAUAGUCUUACUGCAGAUAUAAGAGUAUGUGUUGUAUUGAUUCUAGACAUAUAUGCCAUUUGGAACCUUGAUUUCUUCAGAGGUCUCUACCCUGACAUUUGUCUUGAUGUGUCCACACUCACAAUCUUAGCUCUGGACUAUGCAGUGGCUAUCUAUCCACUACUAUUGACUGUUAUCUCCUACAUCUUGAUUGAGCUAUACGCUAGAAACUUUCGACUAGUAGUCAUCUUGUGGAGACCAUUUCAUUAUUUCUUUUCACGUUUCCGCACAAACUGGGAAAGCAGAACUACUAUAAUAGAUGCAUUUGCAACUUUCUUUCUUCUUUCUUUUGUCAAAAUGUCCACCACCUCAGUGGACCUUCUUACACCAGUGAAAGUAGCUAACCUUCUAAACGAGAAAGUAAACGUGACAUGGAUGUUAUAUUAUGAUGCAACGAUCGAAUAUUUUGGAAAAGAGCAUCUACCAUAUGCCAUCUUGGCGUUGUCAUGUUCCACACUGUUUGCGAUUCUCCCGAUGUUGUUGUUAUUGAUUUAUCAAUUUCGCUGGUUUCAGAGAUUGCUGAGCUGUCUGAAGCUUCGUCAUCAAUUGCUACAGGAGGUCAUGGAAUCAUUCCAGAGCUGCUUCAAGAAUGGAAUUGAACCAGGAACGAAAGAUCUUCGAUGGUUUGCAGCUGUGUUUUACAUUGCGCGCUACAUAAAUAUUAUGUUGUACUCAUCGAUGCUCGACUCUAGCUAUUUCACAUUUGCAAUUGUUCUCAUUUUCCUUUUUAUGGUAAUUAUGGCGCUUAUUCAACCGUACAAGGAUCCUAAUCAUACCAAAAUAGACAUUUUUUCUUUGGGAGUACUCGGCAUGUUUAUAGGCAUAAACCAAGGAACCAAUUUCGAGUCUUUACGACCGAAGACAAUUUUUCAUGCCUCGCGAAUACUUCGUAUUAUUGUAGCACUUUUUCCUCUUGUUGUUGUGACAUGCUUCAUCACUUACUCGAUACUGUCUCGACUUAGAAAAGCAAAAAUGUUUAUGACCCGAAUCAGAGCCUGGAGGCAGGGCUAUUCGAGCAUGGAACAAGACUUUGAGACCUCUUUACCUGAUAGACUGGUGAAUCCACAGCGAUACGAAGAAAGGAAUCGACUUUUAGAACCGAUUUGAAAUGUUGGGAAUAUUUAAUUUACUGCUACAAGCUUGUUGUUGGAUGCUUACAUUAUAUAGUGCUCACUUAGAUGACAUUGUGUAACACUGUGAUUGACUUUAACAAUGUAGAUUUGCUUUGCACUUACAUUUGAUAUUGUUUCAUUGUGUCCACGAGGGGCAGUCCACAUUAUUGUAAUACGUCAUAUCUAGACUGAUAUAGCUAACAUAUAAUUCAUUCUUGUAUGGUUGUAAAAAUUAUUUUAACGGGGUAUAAUUUUUAUUAAGUGGGUACAAUUUUUUAUUAACCUGAGGCGCACAGGCAGCCACGGGUUAUAGUAGUCGUUUGGUCGGUUUGUUUGUCUGUUUGUAGUAUUAAAUGUUAGGAAUACAACUUUCGAUUUUAUGCAAGUUAAGGUCUGAUUUUUGAGAAGCAUGUACUACAAUAGUGUAAAAUUCAUUUGCACUAACUUACAGGAGCUAGACAAGUCUCUUCUUUGCUAGAGCGGGCCUUCUCGUCAAAAAUGGUGAUUUUGCUCCGUUUUGCUACUUUUGCUGACGUAUGCAAUGAUAUUCAUUGAUUUGUGACGUUACAAAUCAUCUUGUUGUUAUUUGCUACAUCCAAAGGUCAUGUGAUGUCUACCUGCAACUACCCAAAAUGCAGUUGGUGUUGGUCAUUCUGUGUCACAGGGGCAUGGCAAUUGAGCUUUCUACGUAGCUAAAUCAUCAAAAAAGUCAUGAAAAUCACUGUUUUUGACAAGAUGGGCCGCUCUAGCAAAGAAGACGCUAGCUAGCCUAACUCCUGUAAGUUAGUACAGAUGAAAAGUACACUAUUGUAGUACAUGCUUCUCAAAAAUCAGACCUUAACUAAUAUAAAAUCGAAAGUUGUAUUCCUAAUAUAUUUGCCACCAAAAAACAAUAUUUCUCAGAACUUACUAGUAGCCCAGACUUCCGUUGAAACUUACAAGUUGAACAAUAUACCAGGUACAUACACAACAAAUUUCAGAUCUUAACUCAAACAAAUAAGCUAACAUUCUAUUCCUAACAUUUUCGGAAGUACACAUCUUCAGACAGCCAUUUUAUAUUGAUGAUGUUAUGUGAUGUAAUAGGUGGUGGUCCAAUGGAAGCGCCAAUAGUUGAACUUUCAGUACCUGCACUCAAAUAGAUCAUAUCACUUUUACUUUAGAAGAUAUGCCACAAAAUGUAAAAAAAUGUGUACCAAAAAAAAAUCUACUGUCUUUGGUUGUUGCACUGUACAUGUAGACUCUAUCAGAAAGAAAUAGCUGCUGCAACCAAACGUACAUCAGCUCUGUCUCUAGCUAGCUAUAGCUAUAUAGCUGUAUGACUUUAAUAUUGUAUUUUGUCUGUAUACUUAUUCACAUUCUCGCGUUUGGUGGGUUAUAGCAAUUAUGGCGCUUAUUCAACCAUACAAGGAUCCCAAUUAAUGAAGUGCAAGUAAGAGCUUCAUAUAGUCACGUGUUUUCUUGGAUAUUAGUUUGUGAAGUUACAAAAAUAAUAAUGCUUUGUUAUCGAAUUAUGGCUAGUUUUGCUUACUUAGAAAGCCUUUAAGGGUGCUGGCCCAUAGUAACAAAUUGAUAACAUUUAACCACAAGAAUGCAGAUAGUAUGGCUGCAAUAAUUGCACACGCGCAAUGUUUACAAUCACUGCGUGUGUGUUAUCUCAUUAUUUGCACGUAACUCUAGCGCCUAUCCUCACGUACGAACGCACAAUAUCAUUUGGGGGCGUGGCUUUCAUUUAAGCGAGCUAUUUAGCCAUUACCGUAGAGGGUAAGCGCUAAAACUUUCAAUCUGGAGUUCCACGUGAAGGAUAGGGCCUAUAUUUAGCAUAGUUAACCCAUUAUGUCAUCUUAACAAAAUUACAGAGAGUUUUGAUCCAUAUAAUUAUGGUCUAGAUUUUUCUAAACUGGGUUUGUCACAGCAAAAAAAGUCUAUAAAUUGAACAACACAGGAUGUUUCUAAAAAAACGUUUAGUAAUAUUGAAAAGCAUUUCAAACAGCAUAAAAUGAUAUAAAACCAAGUCCCUAGCACUAGUGGUUUUCUAGGCGGAACCAUUUUUAGCUCUUCACUAAAAAUGGCUGUGUCUCUUCUGGGUGAUAUUUCUUUGAAAACACCCAUACGUGAGUAUACACUACCUCCCACUGGGUGUAAAAUUACACCCAUACGUGAGUACAUUACCUCCCACCGGGUGUAAAAUUACACCCAUACGUGAGUACUAGGCCUUGCCCAAUUAUGCUAGCAUAAUUUUGAGACUAAUAGGUGUGGUGGAGCAUUGAGCAUUAUGCCAGCCUAAUAGGCAAAUUUUGUAGAAGCACUCUAGCCUCAAUAGCAUGAGUAAUGCUAAUACUGAGUAUAUACGUAUGGAAGGUGCUAUAGUAGUACUACUAGAUCAGUUAACUCUUUUAAGACUUCUUUGAUCAAUAUAGUUCCUUAGAAGUGUCUGUGAUGUUGCAGUAUAAUUCUCGUUGUGAUUUUUAUUGAGACUAAUGGGUAAUAAUUAAAAACUAAUAAUAUUAUUGGUAAGAAUUAAAGACUAAUAAUUCCAGUAAGGGUGUCUUCUCUUGGAGCACAUGGUUUCAUUCCAGGCCACGAAGAAAAAGGCGGCCUGGUAUACCUUGUAUGCGCAUGCGCGAAAUAAUUGACAGCAAUUUCAUCAUACAAAUUGUAAAAACCGGACAAAGUUACAAAAAGGAAGACAAUGUGACCACAAUGGCAGCUUUCAGAGAGUACUAAUCAAAGUAGAAUAAUUAUGCUGCAGCAUGCAGUGUUGCUUCUUCUAGCUCUGUUUAUCAAAGAGGCAGUUCUAGAAGGCCUCCCAGACAGCUAGAGCUGCCACCUAGGAAGAGUGGUGGACUCUUUAAUACAUCAGUAGAUCUUGAGUGAAUAACUUCCUGAGUGUCGAGUUAAAGCUUAUACUAAAAGCUUUCAGGAGUGAUCGUUAGCUUCUUUAUCUUCAGCAAUGACUUCUUGUCGAACAUAAAGGCAAGAUUUGGUGGCAGAAGACUUACCUGGCCCAUAUUACCACAGCCUCAUCAGGGGACCCACAGAAACACAUGCCUUUCCUAUAACAUCUGUAGCCUUACAGUGCAGGGUAUCGUUAGUAGAGACUUGGCUUGAUACAAUCAAGGGCGUAAGAACUCGGUCAUCUUUGCACAAUACUUCUAUGUAACGGACUGCAACUUCAGAAUACAAAUAGUAUACGGUUUAUUUUACUGACAGUAUCCACAAAUACACGGAUUACCUCCUUUUUGGGGUAAUGUACGCACAUGCGCAUAUAAGGUAUACCAGGCCGCCUUUCUCUUCGCGGCCUGGAAUCAAGGCUAAUGGGUUUCACAGCUCUGGAUCUACUGAGCAUGCGUAAUCUAACCAGAGCCACGCCCAUAUUUUUAUUAAUAAUCUUUAGUUUCUAGGUUCUAGCUACAUGUAGCUGCAAACUUGUACAUUUCCUUUACAAAACAUGUCAUUGGAUCUUCCUUCCAUACUCUAUAUAUAUAUAUAUAUAUGUAGGCUGUAGAAUUGUGGGGGUGUAUUAGUAAAACCAGUAGGUUUUACAUAGGAUUGGCCAUGCGUGUAUGCUCAGUCUUUGAUUACACAUGUACUGUAUAUAUUUUAACAGUGACAACAUUACAUCUGUGUAAUGGUACAAACGUACAAAUUCUAUUCCCAAGAUUCCUUAAACAAUGAAAACUGUUUGGAACAUGAUAGACUGUUAGCUACCUACGAAUUGCACACAUUCAGAAUGGUUUGCCCAACACAUCAAAGUUUUAUUGUAGAAGUUACUGUAUACAUAUAUAAAUUAUACAUGUAAUUAUAUAGAGCAUAGAUAAUAAUUUACUCAUAAAUUGUAAACUGACAAGCAUGAAUUUCAGGAUAGUUAGUGUGUUAUUAAUACUCACAGCUACUAGUUUCGUAGCUAUGGCUUAUCAACAACAUGGCAGGAUUCAGAAUCGUAAAGCACUUCAUCACUACAAAGGGAUAAUAACAGCUGUCAAGAAUACUUGUAAAGAUAAUAGCGAUUGUUCACCUUGGGCUGAAUGUAAUAACACGAAAUGUGUCUGCAAAAAUGUUCUGCAGAAGAUCCAAACAGUACACUGCGAAGAAAAUCUACAACUAUCUGUUAUUAGAUGCCACUGUGUGACGUAUGACAAUAUGACUAAUGUGUUAGUUGAAGGAUACUGCAUUGAAAAUUGUGAAAAUGACUACAGCAAAAGUGAGUACCUUCCAUUGCCAAAAGAUGUUUCCCAACUAAACAAGUUCAUGUGUGAGGAGAAGUGGAACAGAACAGGAAGACUGUGUGGGAGGUGUCUACCUGGACACUCUCCACUGGCUUACUCUUAUGACAUGGGGUGUUUGAAAUGUCCUGAGGGGAACAGAAAUAUCUGGAAGUAUAUUCUCGUGGCUUUUGGCCCACUUACAGUAUUUUACUUCGUGGUGGUAUUUUUCAAGAUCAGUGCGACUUCUUCUUAUCUCCAUGGUUUUGUUAAUUAUUGCCAGUUACUUGCAACACCUGCUAUGGCUAGACUUAUCACAGAAUACAUAAAUAGAUAUGAACACAGUGUCAAGUACAGCCUUAAUUUUAUGUUUAACCUGCAUUCAAUAUGGAACUUAGAUUUCUUCAGAGGUCUCUACCCUGACAUUUGUCUUGAUGUGUCCAUACUCACAGUCUCAGCUCUGGACUAUGCAGUGGCUAUUUACCCACUACUGUUGACAGUUGUCUCCUACAUCUUAAUUGAGCUACACGCUAGAAACUUCAGACUAGUAGUUAUCUUGUGGAUACCAUUUCGUUACCUCUUUUCACGUAUUCGUAGAAACUGGGAAAGCAGAACUAGUGUGAUAGAUGCAUUUGCAACUUUUUUCUUACUAUCAUUCACAAAAAUGGUUUCCGUGUCAGUUGAUCUUCUUACACCCGUGAAAGCAAUGGAUAUUAGUGGUGGUAAUUUAACUACAUGGGUAUUGUAUUAUAAUGCAACAAUGGAAUACUGUGGAAAAGAGCAUCUGCCAUUUGCUAUUCUUGCUUUAGUGUGCUCUACAAUGUUUGCGAUUCUUCCAAUCUUGUUUUUGUUGAUUUAUCAGUUUCGUUGGUUUCAGAGAUUGCUUAGCUGUCUAAAACUACGUCAUCCAUUGCUACAAGAGGUCAUGGAAUCUUUUCAAAGCUGCUACACAAACGGCACUCAACCAGGCACCAAAGAUUAUCGAUGGUUUGCAGCAGUGUUUUACAUUUUACGCUACAUAAAUGUCUUAGUCUAUUCCUCCACCAUCGACUCAAGUUACUAUAUAUUUGGUUUGGUAAUCAUUUUCUUCGUUAUAAUUCUACUACUGCUUGCACAACCAUACAAGGAUAUGAACCGUAUAAAAAUUGAUGUAUUAUUCAUAGGUUUGCUCGGCAUAUUUCUCAGCCUAAACCUAGGAACAAGUUUCUACUCUUUGCGGCCAAAAACAGUUUACCGUGCUUCAGUAAUUCUGCGUGCUAUUGUAGUAGCUAUUCCACUUCUUAUUAUUAGCUGCUUCAGUAUACACUGGAUACUGUCUUGACUUAGAAAAGGAACAAUGUUUAUGACCCGAAUCAGAGCCUGGAGGCAGGGCUAUGCGAGUAUAGAACGAGGCUUUGAGACCUCUUUACCUGAUAGACUGGUGAAUCCACAGCGAUACGAAGAAAGGAAUCGACCUUUAGAACCAAUUUGCUCAGAAGAAACAUACAAUAAUGUUGGGAACUUGGCUAUACAACCUUAAUUGUUGUUGAAUGCUUUAUAUUAUAGUGCUCAGUUAACAUUUAAAUUGUGGUGUAGCCUCUAGCGUUAUUAAUAUUGUGUAUACUUGAUUGUAAAUGUUAUACCUUUUUGCACUAUAGUACACAAACUAUGAUUAUUUGUUCAAUGAGCAUUCUACUAGCCCACCCCCCGUACUUUUUUUACCCUUCUUCACAACAGUAUCUAUUAUCGUUGCGCUGAAUCUUAGUGUCUGCAUGCAUGCAUAGGUCAUUAAGAUAAGGUGGCCAUGCGUAUUAUAGCUUUGAGUGCUCAGUUGAUUGCACAUGUACAUUAUAUCUGUAACGGUACUAACGUCUAUUCCCAAUAUUCCUUAAACAAUGAAAACUGUUUGGAACAUGAUAGACUCUUAGCUACCUGUAUACGGAUUGCACUGUUUGCCCAACACAUCAAAGACAAUAAGGCGAUAUGAAAGUGACUUGUAUAUAGGUUGUUAUGGUUGCUCUAUUAAUUAUUUGCUCUUUUGUGCGUUGUGAUCCCUUAUGAGUAGAUACUAUGAAGAAGUGACUUUACAUUGACCAGAUUUGCUCUGACAAUAACUUUACCAACAUUUUGAAGAAUAAUUAAUGUUUGUAGAAUGUACGAGUUGUUGGUUGAGUGCCUUAUAUUAUAAUAAUCAUAAUUAUGACGGCUUCAACGGGGAAAGGGCCAAUUUUCAUUGGCUAACUGUUGGAAGCUUGCAACAUUACAUCGUUUGUAUCCUUCUUACACUCAAUUUGGAUUGUUGCAUUAUGGGCAUGAGAUAUCUAUAAUUAUGUUGUUUAUACCAUGACGACCCUUACCAAAUCAUGCCUCAAGGCUAUAAUAUGUAAUAAGAGUGUAUAAACGGUAUGGACUGCAUGUACAACUUUUAAUACCAGCUUGUUACCUCUAAAACACGUGAUAUAUUUAUUAAAGCAUGAGAAUCCUCGUGUUGUAAACACGCGAAAACGUCACAAAUAUUUGAGUGGGUGGUAAAAAUUUUAAUUUCACAUUUCACAUUGCAAUGUUUUGAUAUGGGCUCCGCCCUCGUGUUUGGUGGAAGUACUGUCAUAAAUCCCUAAAACCAUAGAUGUACUCAUAGUUAUGCAGAAGGAGUGUAUAUUUCAGUGUACAAAAAGACACAUAGCAAAUUGAAUUAUAGCGUUGGCUAUAUAGCUAUAUAUAGAGCCCUUCUCUCUACAUGCUGACAUUUGAUCUGCCAAAGAACUGUAUACUUGAACCAUAGCUGCAUGUGUACUUGUAAGUUUCAGAAUGUUUGGUUUCAGAGUUCGAAUGUUAAUAGGUGUUUCUUUCCUAUUGGCUGUGGUUGCUAGCCUUUCAGCCGAGGCAAUGCAAGAAUACAGUAAUCAGAAUACUUCAAUAGCAACAACAGAAGGUAAGAACUGUCAAGUGGAUAUUGAUUGUCCAUUCUGGACCAAAUGUAACAACACGAAAUGUGUCUGCAAAGAAAAUCUACAGAAUCUCGUAUCUGUCCACUGCAGUGAAGAACUACAGCUGUCUGUUAUUAGAUGCCACUGCGUGACGUUUGACAAUAUAACUAAUAAAUUAGUUGAAGGGAAAUGCGUGGAGAAUUGUGACAGUGGCUACGACAAAAGUGACUACCUUCCAUUGCCAACAGAUGUUUCCCAAUUGAACCAGUUCAUGUGUGAGGAGAAGUGGAACAGAACAGGAAGACUGUGUGGUAGGUGUCUACCUGGACACUCUCCACUGGCUUACUCUUAUGACAUGAGGUGUGUGAAAUGCCCUGAGGGGAACAGAAAUAUCUGGAAAUACGUUCUCAUGGCAUUUGGUCCACUAACAAUAUUUUACGUUUUCGUGUUAUUGCUAAAGAUCAAUGCAACCUCUUCUUAUAUCCAUGGAUUUUUAUUUUACAGUCAGCUAAUUACAGCACCUGCUUUUGUUCGAAUUGUCACCACAUACAGCCAUACUCUUACUGCAGAUAUAAGAGUAAGUGUUGUAUUGAUUCUAAACAUAAUUAUAUGCCAUUUGGAACCUUGAUUUCUUCAGAGGUCUCUACCCUGACAUUUGUCUUGAUGUGUCCACACUCACAGUCUUAGCUCUGGACUAUGCAGUGGCUAUCUAUCCACUACUAUUGACUGUUAUCUCCUACAUCUUGAUUGAGCUAUACGCUAGAAACUUUCGACUAGUAGUCAUCUUGUGGAGACCAUUUCAUUAUUUCUUUUCACGUUUCCGCACAAACUGGGAAAGCAGAACUACUGUAAUAGAUGCAUUUGCAACUUUCUUUCUUCUUUCUUUUGUCAAAAUGUCCACCACCUCAGUGGACCUCCUUACACCAGUGAAAGUAGCUAACCUUCUAAACGAGAAAGUAAACGUGACAUGGAUGUUAUAUUAUGAUGCAACGAUCGAAUAUUUUGGAAAAGAGCAUCUACCAUAUGCCAUCUUGGCGUUGUCAUGUUCCACACUGUUUGCGAUUCUCCCGAUGUUGUUGUUAUUGAUUUAUCAAUUUCGCUGGUUUCAGAGAUUGCUGAGCUGUCUGAAGCUUCGUCAUCAAUUGCUACAGGAGGUCAUGGAAUCAUUCCAGAGCUGCUUCAAGAAUGGAAUUGAACCAGGAACAAAAGAUCUUCGAUGGUGUUCAGCUGUGUUUUAUAUUGCGCGCUACAUAAAUAUUAUCUUGUACUCAUCGAUGCUCGACUCUAGCUAUUUCACAUUUGCAAUUGUUCUCAUUUUCUUUUUUAUGGUAAUUAUGGCGCUUAUUCAACCGUACAAGGAUGCUAACCGUACCAAAAUAGACAUUUUAUUUUUGGGAGUACUCGGCGUGUUUGUAAGCAUAAACCAAGGAACCAAUUUCGAGUCUUUACGACCAAAGACAAUUUUUCAUGCCUCGCGAAUACUUCGUGUUAUUGUAGCACUUCUUCCUCUGGUGGGUAUGACAUGCCUCAUCACGUACUUGAUACUGUCUCGACUUAGAAAAGCAAAAAUGUGUAUCACUCGAAUCAGAGCCUGGAGGCAGGGCUAUGCGAGAAUAGAACAAGACUUUGAGGCUUCUUUACCUGAUAGACUGGUGAAUCCACAGCGAUACGAAGAAAGGAAUCCACCUUUAGACCCAAUUUGCAAUGUUGGGAAUAUUUAAUUUACUGCUACAAGCUUGUUGUUGGAUGUUUACAUUAUAUAGUGCUCACUUAGAUGACAUUGUGGUAACACUGUGAUUGACUUUUAGAUUUGCUUUGCACUUACAUUUGAUAUUGUUUUAUUGUGUCCACGAGGGGCAGUCCACAUUAUUGUAAUACGACUUUUUUUUAUAUCUAGACUGAUAUAGCUAACAUAUAAUUCAUUCUUGUAUGGUUGUAAAAAUUAUUUUAACGGGGUAUAAUUUUCAUUAAGUGGGUACAAUUUUAUCACACAUGUAGCUGCAAACUUGUACAUUUCCUUUACAAAACAUGUCAUUGGAUCUUCCUUCCAUACUCUAUAUAUAUAUAUAUAUGUAGGCUGUAGAAUUGUGGGGGUGUAUUAGUAAAACCAGUAGGUUUUACAUAGGAUUGGCCAUGCGUAUAAUUAUGCUCAGUCUCUUGAUUACACAUGUACUGUAUAUAUUUUAACAGUGACAACAUUACAUCUGUAUAAUGGUACAAACGUACAAAUUCUAUUCCCAAGAUUCCUUAAACAAUGAAAACUGUUUGGAACAUGAUAGACUGUUAGCUACCUACGAAUUGCACACAUUUCAGAAUGGUUUGCCCAACACAUCAAAUAUUUAUUGUAGAAGUUACUGUACAUAACUAUAUAUACGUAUAUAUAGAGCAUAGAUAGUAAUUUACUCACUGACAAGCAUGAAUUUCAGGAUAGUUAGUGUGUUAUUGAUACUCACAGCUACUAGUUGCGUAGCUAUGGCUUAUCAACAACAUGACAGGAUUCAGGAUCGUAAAGCACUUCAUCACUACAAAGGGAUAAUAACAGCUGUCAAGAAUACUUGUAAAGAUAGUAGCGAUUGUUCACCUUGGGCCGAAUGUAAUAACACGAAAUGUGUCUGCAAAAAUGUUCUGCAGAAGCUCCAAACAGUACACUGCGAAGAAAAUCUACAACUAUCUGUUAUUAGAUGCCACUGUGUGACGUAUGACAAUAUGACUAAUGUGUUAGUUGAAGGAUACUGCAUUGAGAAUUGUGAAAAUGACUACAAAACAAGUGAGUACCUUCCGUUGCCAAAAAAUGUUUCCCAACUAAACCAGUUCAUGUGUGAGAAGAAAGGAACAGAACAGGAAGACUGUGUGGGAGGUGUCUACCUGGACACUCUCCACUGGCUUACUCUUACGACAUGAGGUGUGUGAAAUGCCCUGAGGGGAACAGAAAUAUCUGGAAGUACAUUCUCGUGGCUUUUGGCCCACUUACAGUAUUUUACUUCGUGGUGGUAUUUUUCAAGAUCAGUGCGACUUCUUCUCAUCUUCAUGGUUUUGUUAAUUAUUGCCAGUUACUUGCAACACCUGCUAUGGCUAGACUUAUCACAGAAUACAUAAAUAGAUAUGAACACAGUGUUAAAUACAGCCUUAAUUUGAUACUUAACCUGCAUUCAAUAUGGAACCUAGAUUUCUUCAGAGGCCUCUACCUGGAUAUUUGUCUUGAUGUGUCCCCACUCACAGUCUUAGCUCUGGACUAUGCAGUGGCUAUCUACCCACUACUGUUGACUGUUGUCUCGUAUAUCUUGAUCGAGCUACAUGCUAGAAACUUUAGACUAGUAGUCAUCUUGUGGAGACCAUUUCGUUACCUCUUUUCACGUAUUCGUAGAAACUGGGAAAGCAGAACUAGUGUUAUAGAUGGAUUUGCAACAUUUUUCUUACUAUCAUUCACAAAAAUGGUUUCCGUUUCAGUUGACCUUCUUACACCAGUGAAAGCAGUGGAUAUUAGUGGUGGUAAUUUAACUACAUGGGUAUUGUAUUAUGAUGCAACAAUGGAAUACUUUGGAAAAGAGCAUCUGCCAUUUGCUAUUCUUGCUUUAGUGUGCUCUACAAUGUUUGCGAUUCUUCCAAUCUUGUUUUUGUUGAUUUAUCAGUUUCGUUGGUUUCAGAGGUUACUCAGCUGUCUACACAUCUGUCAUCCAUUGCUACGAGAGGUCAUGGAAUCCUUUCAAAGUUGUUAUACAAAUGGCACUCAACCAGGAACCAAAGAUCAUAGAUGGUUUUCAGCUGUGUUUUACAUUUUACGCUACAUAAAUGUUUUAGUCUAUUCCUCCACCAUCGACUCAAGUUACUAUAUAUUUGGUUUGGUAAUCAUUUUCUUCAUUAUAAUUCUACUACUGCUUGUACAGCCAUACAAGGAUAUGAACCACAUAAAAAUUGAUGUAUUAUUCAUAGGUUUGCUUGGCAUGUUUCUGAGCCUAAACCUAGGAACAAGUUUCUACUCUUUGCGGCCAAAAACAGUUUACCGUGCUUCAUUAAUUCUGCGUGCUAUUGUAUUAGUUAUUCCUCUUCUUAUUAUUAGCUGCUUCAGUAUACACUGGAUACUGUCUCGACUUAGAAAAGGAACAAUGUGUAUCACUCGAAUCAGAGCCUGGAGGCAGGGCUAUGCGAGCAUAGAACGAGGCUUUGAGACCUCUUUACCUGAUAGACUGGUGAAUCCACAGCGAUACGAAGAAAGGAAUCGACCUUUAGAACCGAUUUGCUCAGAAGAAACAUACAAUAAUGUUAGGAAUAUUUAAUUUACUUGGCUAUACAACCUUAAUUGUUGUUGAAUGCUUUAUAUUAUAGUGCUCAGUUAACAUUUAGAUUGUGGUGUAGCCUCUAGCAUUUAUUAAUAUUGUGUAUACUUGAUUGUAAAUGUUAUACCUUUUUGUACUAUAUAGUACACAAACUAUGAUUAUUUGUUCAA